AUGGCCUUUACAUCCCGUUCACCGGUUCGCAUCUCGCCUUGGAUCGGCCUGCCACUCAGCGUGUUUAUGAUUGUUGUCGCUACCAUCACGUUUGUGGGAGCACCGUACGGCGAUGGAAGCAAAUGGCCUGUCCUAACAACGUUUCGGGAUAAACGGUCGGAGCUUAAUAUUCUCAACUAUCGUGCACAGCAAGCACCGCCAUGGCUGUACAAAGGAGGAAAGGGAGCGACAUCCAUUCUGUGGAGCAUACUCAUCCCCUUGCAGCACAGCCAAAGCAUUCGUCAAAGAAUGCCUACCUUCCAUCGGGGGGCCGGAUACAUGGUUGUUCUCUUGUCCAUUGAGCUGGGCUUGGCCGGCUAUUAUCUGUCCAGCCGUGGAAUGGUGACGACCCAUGAAAAAUGGUAUCAUGUGCAUUCAUUCUAUGGUGCUCGUCUCCCGAUUCCAUUCUUGGUGUGGCCCACGUUUGACUUUUCCAUUGGCGUUCUUGGUGUUUUUUACUUUGUUAGCCUAUUCAAGCUAUUCACCGCGAUUCGGGCUCAGAAGGUGGAAUUACAUCGACGGUGGGCCGUAUUCCACAGCAUGACGGGAUAUGCCAUUUCUAUUGAGCGACUUAUUGCCGUCUUGGUCAUCGCGCUGGGCUGGGUCUUGCAUAGCAUGCCGGAGCACUUUCAAACCUGGCUACAACUGCCUCUAGACAGGGACGGAAAGAUGGAGGUUGAGUUGUCAGCCCUCGCUUGGACGCUGGCAGCAGCAGGUAUCACAGUCGCUGCUUGGGCCUAUAUAGAAUUUGCCAAGGUUCGUUCAACGGAAUCAAGGAGCGGAGGAUCGCGCAUAGAGGCAGUGAGGAAGAACAAGUGA